AGACGUAUCGACGCAUGCGCAGAGCGGCGCACGGUCGGACAAGGGCACAGAGAUGGAAUGACAUUUAGUGCAACAUGAACUGCGACUUUUCUAUUCGCGAAAUACGAAGCGAUAAAUGUGCAGCAUGGGCAACACGCUAUGGAGGUGAAGCCUUCAAUACGUUAAGAGCUUUAGAUCGCAGUCGGUUUUCUGUUGGUGGUUGACAGAGUUUUGAAGAAAGAAGAGUUGGAGUUAAGGAAGUGAACAACCGUUUUUUGCCCAUGUAAUGGCAACAGAGUAGCUGGCUUUGUCUUUGGACCUAUCAGUUUGCUGGGUUUUCCCCGCUCAUUGAGCUGAAUGGCUUUGUGUAGAGGGGGUAUUGCCUUUAUGGUGGGCUGUGGGAGGAGUCAAGGCUGCCGGCAACCAAUCAAGCGACAGUCCUGGUGUCUCAAGCAGGCCCUGGAUCUGCCGUUUAACGGACCCUCCCGACCCAUAGGCAACAUCUGUUUGGCACUCGCUCCCUCACGCUGCUGGCGCCAUGGGCAGGCUGGCCAGCUCGCGUUUGAGCCGUCGCCGAGUCGCCGGCCACCCGCCGGCCACCUGGCCCAGACGCUCAUCCUGGAGGAGGACUGGGAGAAGGCGGUCAGCCUGUGCGUGCUGCUGGGCCCCGGAGAUUUCCAAGGCCAGCGAACUGUAGUGGAAAUCCCGGUGCUGGACCCCGGCCAGCUCAGCGAGCUCUUAGCUCUAGGGUCCGGAAAGCGUGGAGGGCUCUUUCUCCCUUUAACCACCGUCGACGGAACCAGGGAGGACGACAUUAAUGUACGAGGAGAAGUCGGAGACAAGGAGGGGGCAGAGAGGGAGUCUUUCCAUAGCUCCUUUCGGACAGAGAGCUGUCCUGCCCCCUUUGUGCGAGGGUCCCCAUUCUAUUGCUUCCAUGGCCCAUUCACGGAGCCUCUGUUCAGGUAUGAGGAUAAAUCAAGACUGGGGAUUGGGCUGCGGGUGCAGGCCUCAGAUCUCAGUCUGUCGCCUCCUGCUGCUCAUUGUAAUUACUUGGAGAAUGGAGGAAGAGAAGGGAGAGACAACGAACAAGAGAGGGAGCGAGAAGAGAAGCUGGCCCUUAUGUAUGAAGCAUUAAGGAUUGAGUUGCCAAGUUUCUUUGUGAAGCGACACAACUAUGGGUUGUACUCCAUGGAUGUGGAGUUCAUUAAUGGACUGCUGAACAUGAAGACGAGGGGCCGGUUGGUGUACCAGCUAACGCUGACACUGUGGCAGCUGCUCUGCCGCCUCUACAUGGCCGAUGUGCGACUGGAGGUGCUGAAGCUGACCAAGCACAGCGAGGACGGCACGGUGCGGGCACGCUGGAGGCUGCGGGGGCAGCCCUACCACCUCAUGCCGCUGCGCUUCUACAGGCGGGACAAGGCCCCUCUCUACAGGAGCUACGAUGCCUUCUCCACGUUCCACCUGGGGCCAGACGGACUCAUACACCGUCACAGGGUGGACAAGGUGAUGCAGGUGCAGCCCCCAGUCCUGCCCCGAAUUACGUCGCUCCUGGCUGGUGCCUUGGUGGCCCUUGGGGUCCAGGAGCACAGACCUGCCCUGAAUCUGCUGCCUUUCCUGCUGUCCUCUUUGCGCCUGGGGAGGCAGUGAGGCCCGUGGGGGCCAGCAGGCAGAGAGCGAAAGGGGGAGACGGUGGGAGUUGGUUAGAGAGACACUUUUCCACAUGAAAGUCCCAAUGCUAAUGGGAGUGAAGAGGAUCCGAUUAUAGGCCAAAAACUUAAACUCCGACUGCAGGAACUCGUUUGUCUAUCCCAGCCAGGGUGUGAAGAGAGGCGUGGAAAUCGAUCCACCUGCGUUCGUGGUCCCACGACGCCGAGGUCCGCGAGGUCUCGUUUCUUUACGGAAGUACCCCCCCAAAGUGAGUCAUUACCAUCUGGCUGUCAAGCUGCACUCUAGAGGGCCCUUUGUGAAACGCAUGGGCACCCCCAACGUGUGCUGGCGUGUGUGUGUGUGCUCGUGCACGCGGCAGUCUCUGUGUAAAGGCCGGCGCCCCCACCUGGAUUAGCAUUGCACGCGAUUCAGAAACUGUACCGGGAAUAAACAUUCUGCACUAGACUCUGGCUGCUCUGUGACGUACCAUACUGUGAUGUGUGUGCCGAUGUUCUGCUUUAUGCCCCUAGAACAGCAAGUGACGCUAAGCCGACUGAACAGAGCUAACACUGGGGGUUUAGGAGUAACAGAACCAGAAAUUUCUCUGUAAUAUUUUUAUAGUUAAAAUGCAGUAUAUUUAUUAACUUCUUCAAUUCUUAGCAAAUUAACUCAGUUAGCAGUAGCAUGCUAAACCAAAGCAAAAGUUUGGGAGAGGGGGGAAAAAAUAGCUUUGUCUGUCUUAAAAUGUAACAUUCUUACAGCCAGGGGGCAGCAGAGAGCUUUAUCGUCGAUGUGUAGUGAGUGUAGUUAGUAUGUCAGAACAAAAAAAUUUUUAAUUCACUUUUCCUGUUGGCCAGUGCUGCAUUUUUCCUUAAAUCUAAUCCGGUAAACCAUUCUGCGAUCUUGUCGUACCAGGACUGGACCCAGACCUCAAAUGUGCAGGGUUGAGUAUUAGACACUAAAUCACAUGCUUUUCUGGACUGAUUAUCUUGAGUUGUGAUGAAUGGAGACAUUGGGCUGACCGUUCAUAGGUCUGAAAUUCUGUUUGGACCUCCGGUGUCGCCAGACAUUCUAAAAUUCCCAUGAUCAGCUGAAUGAAGCUCUCACCAGUACAUAGGCUAUGCUACGGAUCAUGGAUGCAGAGCUUCAGAGAUGUGCCUUCUGCCAGAAUUGGCCUAACCGUCACGUGAAGCCCUGAUUUCAGUUGUGCCUGGCAGCCUGGAUAGAAGUCUCUAGAAUAUUUCUUUCAAAAGCAUACCGAUUGUGUUUUUUAAGGUCUGUUCAGACCAACCUUUAUGUUAUAAUAGUCUAAAGUGGCGUGAACGUGAAGAUGGCUGCCACAAGUAAAAAUUAUGCUUGAUCAAUCUCCAGAUACAUUUUAGCGUAAUUAAGAAUGUUGUUCAUUCAUCCAAUCUUAGCUGUUCACUUUUCGAUUUAAGAUCAGAGUAAAGGCAGUUCAACUGACAGCUGUGUAUAUGUUCAGGGCCGAGUCUAGUUCGAUCAGGUCAUUUCAGAGUAUAAAAUAAGAAACCACUGUGCUGAGUGAUCGUGAGUGUCUGUGUUAUCCUGUAAGUGCAAUAAUACACGUGACAUGAACCAGUGUCUAAGGCACCUUAAGACCAGAUUGAACGUUCAUGGAAAACCUCACCCUCACCUUGGACACUAAAACACUUCCUGGAGGUGUGUGGGAAGAACGGAUGUGGACUGAUGAUCGGAAGCUGCAAGGCUGUGCUCCUUGUUACAGCAUCAUACUCUUGGCGUUUAAAGCACGACCACUUUGCACGGACCAGCAACUGAAGAGGUAGCACUUAAGGACGUAGCACUUAAGGACCUGGAUGAUUUUAUGUUAAGCCUGAACUCAGAAUAGGGGCGCCACUGUUAUGCCAUAUGAAGAGCCCCCCCUGCAGGACGUGUGCGGAUGUAUGUGUCGAUAUCUAAGUUGCCGUAAGUGAUUACCUUUGGGUAAAUGUUUGAGCAACUAAAUAUUGUAAAACGA